ACCUCAUUGCCAAUCCAAGUGUCGAACUGGAUGAAACGACUCUAGCUGCCCCUUUGACAACUACCCAUUUUUGUUUGUUGUUAUUAAAAAAAAAAAAAAAAUCAAAACUUCAGUUGACUUUCAGUGUGUUUAGUUUAGUUUUGGUUUGUUUCUCUACGCGAUCGCAAAAACGCAAGGAUGAGUUCUUCGUAUUUCGGUAACGUUGCGGCGGCUGCUGCGGGCGGAUGGGGCGCUACAACAGCUACGGCUAUGCCACACCACCAUCAUCUGACCAAUCAAGAUCAUCAUCAUCAAUUUUACAAAUACGGUUACAGUGAAUCGCCGCAGUAUUACGGCCAUCACAAUCAGUACCAACAUCAUCACCAAUCAGUGGCGAUGGCGUCCAAUUCGACGACGGCCACACCAUCACCGCCAUCGUUCAGGUACGCGGGAUCGUCCGUGCACGGCGGAUAUCAUCCGCAACCCGUUCCGGCCGCAACGGCACCGGUCAGUUUCCAGUGCAGCACAACGUUGGCUCCGGUUGCGAAACAUGCGAGUCUCGAUGCGUCGAGUUGCACGUCGCCGACAUCGUCUUCGUCUUCACAUCUGUCCGCAUCGCCUUCCUUAUCGUCCGCUUCGCCAGCCUCCGUUCACGAUCACCAGCGUUGCGAUGCAACUGUCGGAACGUUGGCCGGCGGUGGCUUGUACGGAAUCGGCCAACAUCAAAUCGAUUCCUUCCAUUCUCAACGUCACGGCGGAGCACCGAUCAUCCAUCAGCAGAAUCAGCUGACCAACGGAUCGAUGGGUGGCCCUUCGGUUGUGAAUCCGCUUUUAGAAACAUCGUCGUCCACUUGCGGUACCAACAACAACAUCAAUCCUUACGUGGAACUCCAUCAUCGAAGUUUCCAAAACAACAGCCUGCCGCAACAACAUCACGCCAUGGUCCAAACGCAUGCAAAUUCGUACUGCAUCAAAAAUCCUAACGCUUCAAGUUAUUUCCCCGGAAACUGGAUGCAAGCCUACGCAGAUGUGGUGCCAAACCCGAAGAGAACGCGCCAGACUUACACGCGCUACCAGACGCUGGAAUUGGAGAAAGAGUUCCACUUCAAUCGCUACCUGACGCGACGCCGGCGCGUCGAGAUCGCUCACGCCCUGUGCCUGACGGAGCGCCAAAUCAAAAUCUGGUUCCAGAAUCGGCGGAUGAAAGCCAAGAAGGAGACGAAACAGCCAUCUCAAUCAUCGUUCCCCAAUUCGGCCAACGCUGAGCUGAACUAUAGCAGUAGCGCCGAUUCGUCGCCCAUGGACAAGCAUCACCACCAACAUCAUCAUCAGAUGAUCCUGUCGUCCGUCUCGGCCGCCGCCAUCGACGAGGAGGAGCACACCGUCUCCACGUCGACUCAUCACCAUCAUGAAACUAUCAAUACCUGCAGCGGCGGCAGCAGCACUGUAGCCGUUUAAAAAAAAAAAAAAAAAAAGAUGGAACGUACUCUACAUGUACAUAGAACGGAGACUGGCCAAGACUUUUGCAGACGGUCUAGAUAUCCAUCCUCCCAUUUUUUUUUUUUUUUUUUUUUUUUUUUUACCUGAUCGCCGUCGAGACACUGAGUAAAUGGCCGUCUAAUAUAAAAGGGCUUCUGCAAUCUGCCAUCCAAUCUGGAGAUGGCCCACCCUAUCUCUCUCUUUUUGCUUUCCCAAAUGUGCGUGUGUGUGUGUGUUUGCCAAAGGUUAAAACGAAAAGGGUUUGGAGACGGAGGUUAAAAAAAAAAACGAAAUAAGGAGUUUGGAACAGCGCGCACCCAGUACCAUAGAAUUUGCUUGCCCAUGUUUUUUUUUUUUUGAAAACUCUAGCGGUACUUGUAGUAGUUGUAGUAGUAGUAGUAGUCUUCCGAAAAACAUGUGCAGUUUCGUCUUCUUAACUAUUUUCAUCAGUCACACAUACGGGGGUUAUCUAUGGCUGACAAAUGGUUCGUAGCUGUUUCCCUUUUUCUUUUAUGGCACAAGUAACAGCAAAUUGCACACACACACACACACACAAUUUUCAGCCUUUUCUUUUUUGAUUCUUAAUCUUUCUGCCAUAUGUUGUACUGUACAUACUAUUCUAUUAUUAUUCAAAGCAAAGAAAACGGAGAAAACAUAGUCGAUACGUUUUGACACGGAGAUUCCGAAUUUAACCUCCAUAACUCGCAAAAAAAAAUCAAAUAGAAAAAAAGGGUUUUUAUUUUUUAUUUUUUUUUCGAAAAUGUUCUUCCGUCGUCUUCGAGGGGGUUCGGAUAACAACAGGGACACUCCAGCGCACCCCGAGCACCACCUUUGACAGCCUUUGCUUACCAUGUCCUAAUGUUUUCCUAUUCGGGCUUUUUCUUUCUUCCCCAAGAAACAUUAAGUUAAUCCCAGGGAUUAUGUGGGCGCAUAUCAACAGAGUGAACAAACCCUCGUCCCGUCCCUGAGAAAAAUACCGACCGGCCACCACCGUGAACGCUCUACCAAUAGUGUCGCCUUUUGUGUGUGUGUGUACAAAGUAUUCAUUUUUGACCUAUUUGCCCAUUUUCGCAAAGUUUUGUUUUGAUGAUCUUUUGAAUUCUUUUCUUUUGGUCAAAAAUAUUUUUCGCUGUCUUUUUCUUUUUGCAGAGUGCG